UACUAUCAAUAGUUGUUUCUCUACACCCUAUAAAUACAGGCAAAUCAAUGUGAAAAUGUUCUCUCUUGUUUAUGGUGCCAAAACACUCUCUCUUGUUUAUGGUCCCAAAACUCUCUCUCUCUCUGGCUCUUUCACGCACGCACGCACGCACAGACACAUACACACACAGGAGAACUAUCCCACUACCCCUGGUGGAGGUAGUCACUAUUGAAAGAGCCAGAAGUGGGUUUCAGAUUUAGGGUACAAGGUUCUGCAAGUCUACAACGUCAAUCAAAGCCAGCUUGACCAACCCCCUUUUCCCUUCGGGCCAGCAGGUUGUAAAGCCAUUAAAGAAAGCAUCAAGGAUUUUCUUCCCAAUAGACCUCUUAGUGCGAGCCUCCCUUUCAAGCUGUGGUUAAGGUUGGGGGGGCGAGGUCUCCUUGUUCCUAAAUGAACCAUGUACUGUUUUUGGAGCGCACGAUUCGGUAUUAUUCUUAUUCACAGCGCUGUCUUCCUAUUCGGAACUUUUGAGAGAGCAUCCACCAGCAACAUUAAGGACAGUAGUGACGGGAGGGAGGAGGUCCAGCGGCAGAGCCGGCACAGCCAGAGGUACCAGAUCCGGGGACAGCAGCCCGACGAGGUGGCCCAGUGGUGGGGAGAGUGGAGCAGCUGGUCCACCUGCUCCAGGACCUGUGGAGGAGGGGUGCGCUCUCAGGAACGACACUGUCUGCAGCAGAGACUCACUGCCACACAGAACAUCAACAGCUCCUUCUGUGUCGGAUCUCCGAAGCAGUAUCAGCUAUGUCCAUUUCAGCCCUGUGUCAGUACCAGUGUUAGCUUCAAGCAGCAGCAGUGCUCCCAGUUCAACGCCAAAGCCUUCGGCAGGAGACACUACGAGUGGGUGCCCCUCUAUCCAGAUGACUACAUCAGUAUCUCCAACAAGCCGUGUGACCUACAGUGCACCAGCACCACAGGGGAGAGGCAGCUGCUGGUCCCGGCCCACGACGGAACCUACUGCCGGGACGGCAUCUACCAGGGCGUCUGCAUCGAGGGCCAGUGUCAGACGGUGGGUUGUGACGGGAAGCUUUACUCCAGUAAAACGGUAGAUACGUGCGGUGUGUGUGGCGGGAAUGGCAGCUCCUGCUACAGAGUGUCUGGAUCUCACCGGAAAGGGAGCACACAGUUAGGUUAUGUGUUUAUCACCAACAUUCCUGUUGGUGCCACCGACAUCCAGAUCAUUGAGAGACGGAAAACCGAAAAUAUACUGGCCCUAUCCGAUGAAGCAGGACACUUCUUUUUCAAUGGGAACACAAUUAUCGACAAUCCCCGUAACUUCCGUGUUGCUGGCACAGUCUUCAAGUACAGGAGACCCGCUAACCUCUUAUCAGAUGGAUUUGAGUACAUCAUCGCCCAAGGACCCACUGACCAGGGGCUAAACGUCAUGUACUACAACCUGAACGGAAAGAUGCCCCACAUCACAUACGAGUACACCGUACCUCGCACCCCAGAAGCCCGCACAACAACCCCAGUAGCCUCGCCUCCAGAGGAGGUCCAGAUACGAGCACUGUCCGUUGUCGAACCAGCGGUCCCAGAACCAUGGCCCCCGGUGGCCCAAGAAACAAUGGCCAACGCCACUGCCACUGAACUCUCCUUCAAUGACAAUGAGAUUGAGGCCAGCGAGGACUAUGGGAAGCUGGGAAACCACAGUGGUGUUCGGGUCCUGGACAACCCCCCGGAGGUCGACCAUGACCUGGAUCAUGACCAUGAAGGUCUUGUGUGGGAACUACAGGCUCCUCUCAACCUCAGUCAACCACCAGCCAUGCUGGUGUUCAAACCGGCCAGUGAGAUCCACCACAACAACCUGGAGAAUAAGCUGGGAGACCAGGGACAUCCUGCACCUGCUAACUACAGGACAGACUCAAACUUGAUCGAUGGCGACUCUCCUGGUCCCAACGGCACCCACCGACCAUCCAAGCCUCUCCACAGGAGCCUGUUCCUGGACCUGGUCUCUGAGCCAGGAGGCCUCAGACAACCCUGCCAAGAUGGCUCCAACCUCUGCCCUCUCCUGGAACUCAACACCAGCUCCUCCCUGGACAACAGCCUGGCCCAGCUGGAGAUCUACCCAGGCAGCCUCAACCUCCACGAGGCCACAGCUGAGGACAACGCCCCCUAUGGACUCCUUUUCGAACCAGAGCCCAACGGGACAGAGAGUUCCAACCUCGUCAACCUCCACCAGGUAGAGCCGGUACAGGCCCCCGACACAGAGAGCAGCAAUGAGUUUGAGGUGGGAUUGCUUGACCGUGACAUCAGCCUUGCUGACAUGUACAGAUGGAAGGUAUCUGCGUAUGCACCCUGCAGUUCAACAUGUACCACAGGUAUCAGUACGUCCUACGCCCUGUGUGUCCGGUAUGACGGCUCUGAGGUGGACGAGACUUACUGUGACGCUGUGACCAGACCUGAACCCACACACGAGUUCUGCACCGGGAAGGAGUGUCCACCAAGGUGGGAGACCAGUCGGUGGAGUGAGUGUUCGAGGACGUGCGGCGAGGGUUACCAGUUCCGUACGGUGCGCUGCUGGAAGAUGAUGGCGCCAGGCUUCGACAGCUCUGUGUAUGACGAGCUGUGUGUGGCUGCAGAGCUGCAGAAACCAAUGGCACGCAAGGCCUGCAAGAGCAAAGGCUGUGGCCCACAGUGGGAAGUCUCUGACUGGUCUGAGUGUUCCGCUCGUUGUGGGGGACGUGGUUUGAGGAGUCGGGAGGUGCGCUGCUCCAUGGAGACGCGCCUGUGUAACGAAUCCUCGCGGCCACUCAGUGAGAAGGAGUGCGAGGGACCGCCCUGUGACCGCAAGUGGACCGUUUCGGACUGGGGCCCUUGUUCAGGGGCCUGUGGCGAGGGCAGGAUGACGCGCUACGUGGCGUGCAAGAACAGCAACGGCAACGUGAUCUCUGACGGCCAGUGCGACCUGGACCUCAAGCCCCUGGCCGUGUACCCCUGUGGGGACAAGAACUGCCCGGCGCACUGGGUAGAGCAGGAGUGGGAACAGUGUAACACCACCUGUGGGCGGGGGGUGAAAACGCGGCAGGUGGUGUGUUCCGGCCUGGAGGACGGCGUGUUCAAGGAGUUCCACGGGCAGACGUGUGACUCCGCCCUCAAACCCGAGGAGAGCUCCGCCUGCUUCGAGAGGCCCUGCUCCAAGUGGUUCACCACUUCCUGGUCUCAGUGCAGUAAGACAUGUGGCAGCGGGGUGCACGUUCGGGAGGUGAAGUGCUACCAGGGGGUGGAGCUAGGCCACAGCUGUGAUUCUGCCCUCAAACCUGAGGCCGGGCAGACGUGUGAGGUGCAGGCCUGUCCCACAGAGGCCCCAGUUGAAGAGGUGUGUCAGGACAAGGCUACGGCCAACUGUGCCCUGGUGCUGAAGGUGAAGCUGUGUACACACUGGUACUACAGGAAGGCCUGCUGCCAGUCCUGUAAGGGCAAGGCCCCGUAAGGGCUAGGGGCCACAGGCCAGGGGCCCGCACUCACAAUGGCCCCCCACAGAAUGUGAAGACAGUCCCCAUACAGGACACCUUGCACUGUGCCCUGGACUCUUUUCCUUUAGAUUGUAGACUUGUCCUAUAGCCUGGUUCCAGAAGUUAUAUGGCCUGUAGCCAACUCGGACUUGUUUUCAUGCCAAAGCUACGGGUAACUGCCAAAAUAAUGGAAACGCCAACAUAAAGUGUCUUAAUAGGGCGUUGGGCCACCACGAGCUGCCAGAACAGCUUCAAUGCACCUUAGCAUAGAUUCUACAAGUGUCUGGAACUCU